AACAGGAAGUGAGGCCGAGGCGGCGGCUGAUGGCGGCGGAGCCCGGGGUCGGGGUCGGGGACAGCGCCGGAUCGGCGGAGCAGCUGCUGCGGGUGGUGGACGAGCUGACCGGGGACGAGCUGGAGCGGUUCAAGUUCUUCCUGGGCCCCGCGGGGGCGGGGGGGCGGGGCUGGGAGCCGGUACCGGGGGGGCGGUUGGAGGCCGCGAGGAGUCCGGGUCUCGCGCAGCUGCUCCUCCGCCAUUACAGCCACCGCGCGGCCGCCGUCACCCGCGACAUCCUCGGCCUCAUCCCCCGCCGCGACCUCCUGCACCUGCUGCCCCCCCCGGGGCCCCCUGAUCCUCACCUCAGGGCUGUGGGGGAAGUUGGAGACCUCACACCGGGUUUCGCUCCGGAUAACACUCCCGGACGGGCUGAUCGUGGACAAAAGUCGGGGCCAGUGACCGAGUCCCAGUUGAUGAUACUCGCCAGCAACUUGGGACACGAGUGGCGACAGAUCGGGAUCGAGUUCCUGGGUCUGAACGAGGUGACUCUGGAGCGCUGUGAGGCUGAGAACAAACACAGCGCCGUCGACCGCAACUUCCGCAUGUUGAUAGCGUGGAGGAACAAGGAGAAGUGGGCGGCCACCGCAUCGGGGCUGCACUCCAUCCUCUCUGACCCCAACUGCCCCUUACACCCCGAGACAUUUGACUUCCUCCUGCCAGACCUGAAGCCCCGGCUCCAGCCCAGUUCUGGGCACCACAAAACUUGAGGGAGGGCAGCGAGGGCCCUGGGACUCUCCGGCUUUUAUAUCGACUGAUUUUAUUUUCGUAACUUUUUAAUCUUGUGAAACAUGCGGAUGGGUUUGGGUUUGUCGGGGUCUGCGCCGAGGUUUGUAAAUCAAAACUUUCCACUUGAGCAGAUUCCUUUGCCCGACCGAUGGCAGAGGUUUAUUUGGGGUGCGGGUGGUUAGUCAGAGACUGUGUGUGUGUAUGUGGUGGUGGGGGGGGGCGCGAGAGUGAAGCAAUUUGUGGGGGCAGUGGGUCUGUUGUGUAUAUGUGGUGGGGGAGUGUUUGU